AUGACAUCAUUUGGAGGAGAUAGUGAGUCACUUCAAUUAACGCUGUGGGAGCCAUUACGCUUUCGUAGUGAGGUUGAGGAGCAAACGCGUAAUGAGCAAACGCGUAAUGAUGAGGAAAACCAGCCACCAAUGCAACCGCUGAGUAUGUAUUUUAGUCCAAAUCAGUACAACAAAGCAAUAAAGUUAGGUACUUGGUGUUGGAUCCACAAAGCAGUGGAGAAUCUGGAGUCGCCGUCACUGAGACUGAGACCCGAGGAGCUAAGAUGGUUUAGUGAGCAUCCUCAAUUCAAGCACUUCUGGCAUAUGCACAAGGUCAUGUAUUUGGAUACAACCCAUAAGACUCAGGGGUUGUGGAUGCUACUUCUACGCACAGCAAAGACAAACAAGAGGAGAGAGUGUUGGUUUGUUGUGAAUGGAGUUCCAAUUCGGUUUUCGCUUAAGGAACAUGCACUCAUAUCUGGAUUAGACUGCCAUGAUUAUCCAAAGAAUUAUGAGAAGAUGGGCAGUAGUGAUUUUAAGGAGAAGUAUUUUAAGAAAAGAACUGUCCCUGCACUUGCUGUUGUUAAAGAGAAGCUUGAAAAGAUGUGUGGUGGUCCUGAUCGCUUAAGAAUGUGUGUUUUGUACUUUCUAGCAAGCGUGUUAGGUGGUAAGGCUAAGACUGGGAAGGGAGCUCCCUCGGUAGACCCUUUAUUCUUGAGGAUGGUAGAAGAUCUUGAUGCGUGUAGAACAUUUCCUUGGGGGAGGUAUUCAUUUGAUGCGAAUCUAAAGGAAAUUGAACAUACAUUGAGGCACUUCAAUGGGGUCGUCGAAACCGAUUCUUGGAAAUUUCCUGGCUUUGUUACUCCCUUGGAGUUGCUACCUUUUGAAGCAAUACCUUGUCUGAAGGACACAUACAGAGAAGAAGCUAAAGGAGCAGACAUAGAGUGUCCUCGGAUGUGUAAGACAAAGUUCAGACCAUUCACUCUCAAAGGAUUUCCUUUGUCGGACCUCUACGAAACACUCGGUAAUACCAAAGAUAUCCAGAGUAUCUUGGAACUAUCUGCUGAUGAUGAAGAUAUGUUAGCUGGUAUCAUGGAAAGGUAUGAAGACCCAGAUAACAGUGAUACAAUUCCUGAUACUUGGACGAGUCGUAUAAUUGAUGAUGGGAAGCCGAUAUUCUGGAAGGAUAUGAGCUUGGACGAUGAAAAAAACCGAGUUGAACCAGCGAAGAAUGCCUCCUCUAAAUCUCCAGCGUCGAGUGGGAUUGUGGACCAGAUUCAAGGGUUGAAGAAGAGUAUGGAUGAGCAGUUCCAACUAAUGAGAGACCAAAUCAAUGGCAUGGAUAUUAGAUUGAAGUCCGUUGAAUCUUAUGUGAAAGAGGCAAUUCGAAGUGAAUGUCUUAGAGAAGAGAAGGAAGGAGAAGAACAAGGUGAUGAAGGAGAAGAACAAAGUGAUGAAGGAGAAGAACAAGUCGAGGAAGGGGAGGUGCAGCAUGAGAAGAAGAAGAAGAAGAGUAGGAAUUAA